AUGGAAAGCCUCAAGAACGGUGAUUUGCCGGAAGAUGUGAUACUGGAGAUUCUAUUGAGGUUGCCUGUGAAGACCCUGUUGCAGUUGAAAUGUGUUUGCAAGCACUGGCACCAAGAGCCUGAUCAUCUACAGAUGCCUGUUACAGUUGCAGCUCUUAUGGGACCCUUAAAUGGCGUAUUCUUAGUAUUUUCAAUUCAAUACUUUUGGAACGAAGAAAUGGAUGUCCCACCCUACCCUUCUCUUGUUUCAGUUUACAACUCGGGUAGUGAUUCCUGGAGACAUUUUGAGGAUGUGGAUUUGGUUAAUUCAAGUCGCUGUGCAUAUAGAUCUCUGUAUAAUACAUACUUGAACGGAGUCUACUAUUGGCUCACAGAGUUUAAUGAUACUGAUGUUGCUAUCCUUGCAUUUGACAUGAGCAGUGAGAAGUUUCAAGAAAUACAGGUGCCAGAUUGUAUUAAAUCUAAAGAAGGGGAUCUUGCUUUGUAUGACGGUUCGACAGCCUUGUUAUCAUGUGAUUUAGAUAAGAUUGAUAAAUGUGUAGAUGUAUGGGUGAUGAAAAAGGAAGUUUGCUGGACUAAAAUAUGA